GUUGCUUGGUCACACUACCAAGAAUCCAGCGAAAGUUUUGUUUAUAUUUUUGGGUCCCAAUUUCUCCUGCUGGAAUAAUGCUAAAUGCUAAGAUCGGCAAGGUCGGCAAAGUACUGGUGUGCGGGAUGAAGGGCGUGGGCAAGACUGCGCUGAUAGAGCAGCUGGUCUACGGCCACGUCAAUCCGGAAACGGAACUGCAUCCAACCAUUGAGGAUAUAUACGUGGCCAGCGUGGACACUGGCAGGGGUGGAGCCCGAGAGACCCUGCGCAUCUACGACACGGCCGGAUUGCAGGGCGAGCAGCAGCAGCUUCCACGCCACUACCUUCAGUUUCCAGAUGCAUUCGUUCUGGUCUACGAUCCCAUGGAUCCGCGCAGCCUAGACAUGCUGGCCGACAUCAAGGCUGACAUUGAGAAGCACAAGGAGAAGAAGGAGAUUCCCGUUGUGGUGCUGGCCAACGUGAGGGCACGGGCAGCCCCAAAUCCCGUCGAGAAGGUCAUGGACCGCGCCAACAUCUGGUGCCAGCGGGAGCGCAUAAAGCACUACACGGUGAACGCCAUGGAGAGGCCCUCCCUCUACGAGCCAUUCACCUCGCUCUGCGCCCGGCUGCAUCCAAUGCAGACGAAGAGCACGUUCCCUCAGCUGCGCCAGGUCAUGCAGAACCGGCAGAAGAGCGAGGCCUAGCUGUUCUGAUCGGACGAAAGGGAAGAGAUAUAAUUUAAGUUUUAUUCGGGAGUGUCCCAGUAAUCUCAGAGACCUUAAAGUAGUUGUGAAUGCCACAGUCUUCGCUUUAAGUUGAAGAGAUUUUCGGGACCUCCCCAAACGUAUUCGUAUUGAUCCAUUUAGAGUCUACUUGCCUUGUAUUAACUGUUGUGCUUUAAUGUGGGCCAGAGCCCGAGCCACUUGUACUUAUGUCUGUUUGUGAGUGUCCAAUUGUAUCUUCUAUUUAUUACAC